GUCAACGAUACGUGUUCGAUGCACAUCAAUGGAGGUACGCGUCUCAGUGCUUUAUCGUAUGUGUCUCAAGAAUGAUGUUUCGAUAUUUUCAAUUCGACAGGAAUAUGUCUUCCUUUUCUGUCUGCAUGCGCCAACCGAAAAAGGGGGGGGGGGGGGGAAAGCGCUUUUCCUUUCGCUCCGUACGUUUCCAACAUUUUCUAGAGAUUUCCGGGCAGAGCCUGCGGAGAGCUUGUCAAUGAUCGACAACAACCGGAUGAAGCUGUCCUUGUGUAAGCUAUACAACUACGAGCAGGCUGGCAUAAAGAUUUCUGCGGGAAAUGAUGUGUCUAGGCCAUUCAGGGUAGCCAUAACGUUCAUACUGUACAUUUAUGUCUAGGCCAUUCAGGGUAGCCAUACCGUCCAUACUGUACAUUUAUGUCUAGGCCAUUCAGGGUAGCCGUACCGUCCAUACUGUAAAUUUAUGUCUAGGCUAUUCAGGGUCGCCAUACUGUCUAUACUGUAAUUUAUGUCUAGGCUAUUCAGAGUAGCCAUACCGUCCAUACUGUACAUUUAUGUCUAGGCCAUUUAGGGUAGCCAUACCGUCCAUACUGUACAUUUAUGUCUAGGCCAUUCGGGGUAGCUAUACCGUCCAUACUGUACAUUUAUGUCUUGGCCAUUCGGGGUAGCCAUACCGUCCAUACUGUACAUUUAUGUCUAGGCCAUUUGGGGUAGCCACACCGUCCAUACUGUACAUUUAUUGGGAUUUUCAGCCCAUUUUAACACGAAAAUAUUGUAUUUUAUUUUUUUAGAAGAUGUCUCUCUCCCCCCCCCCCCUUCCUAUCACACGUAAAAUAUGCCAUUUGGGGUAGCCACACCGUCCAUACUGUACAUUUAUUGGGAUUUUCCGCCCAUUUUAACACGCAAAUAUUUUUUUUUAUUUUUUUAGAAGAUGUCUCUCUCCCCCCCCCCCCUUCCUAUCACACGUAAAAUAUUUACCGGUUUGAAAUGUAAUUAAAUUCAACCCCGCCAUUCUUGACCGGGUGCCCCCAAAUGCUGAAUCUCCUGCAGUGUCUUCCAUGGCUAUUAGGAACAUUUUUAAUAAACUUUCUUGGAACAUAGUUAUAGCAUCUCUGAUUAAGUGCAGAUGCUUAGAGGCUUACAACCUUUUUAUUUACAAAAGCAAGUUAUUGUAUUCUCUUCAAUUUAACACUUGUUAAAAAAAAUAACUUUAAUAAAAGGUAGGUAAAAAGUAAAGAAUGGAAAUAACCUGUACUCUAAACAAAUGUGCGAAAUGAGUCUCAAACACGAUAGCAGGGGAUAAGAUAAUGUGAGUUGUGUACGACCAAGACUAUGCAGCUUGCAACGUUUACAGAAUAACCAAAAGAAAAAAUUGCAUGGUCACUGUAAAUGUAUCUGUCCCCCCAAAAUCGAAUACAUUGUUACGCUUUAUAUCUUUUGCUACAGGAGCGUCCUUUACAAGGGCAUCAUUCCAUGUUUUGUUUUUUUGCAAAAAAAAGGGGGAAGGCCAAACCAAAACUUGAUCGGGUUGUUAAGUUUUUAUUACUGGAGGCUCCACAGUACAUAGCAAUUUAUAUAAACCAUGAAAAUUGAAAUGGGUUGGGGGGGGGGGCUAAUACACCACCAUUCCCUACACAAACGACGUCACUAGUCCCAGGCCACCACAACAAUCAAUUAUCUCGUUGAAAAAUCUGCCUUGUCCAAUGUAUUUCCGCAACGUGAAAGAUCAUCGUUAUAAAAUAUUUCUUUUAACAGCCGAAUGUUGUUUUUUGAAAAAUAAAGUCUCAUAAUACUAAGUCUCAAAAGUAAAAAAAAAUAUGUCUCUCCCCCCCCCCCCCCCCCACCCCCCCCCCCCCCCUCCCCCCAAAAAAUAUGUCUCUCCCCCCCCCCUCCAACCCCUACUCCCCCUUUCACCCAAAUCUUAGGACAGAACUUUGCGCUUAAAAUCCAAGUGUCACAGUCCAGCUCAGUCGACGAUAAACCCUCCGGGUUCAGGGCAGUCGACGGGGACACGAGUGGCGAUUUCGACCAGCAGACGUGCACCCACUCGAAACAUGAGGACCCAAUGCCCACUCUGGUGUUUAACUUCCCACGCAGUUAUCUUUUCACAAGAUUUUUGGUCUACAACAGGGAUGAUGAACAAGGUAAAGUCUGAGAAGAUGGACUGCUCAUAACGAAGAGAGCAGCUGUGCCAGAGAAGAGGAAAUUUAGUAGAGUAAAUAUUAACUAUAAAUGCAGCAGAUAAUAGCCAGAAACCAUUAGCGCCAUAACAAUGUUUUUUUUUUUUUUUUUACCUUUUCAAAUAGAAAUUACAAUUUUGAACUGUGGUACAAUUCAAAUAUUUGACGGGUUUCUAGCUUGUGUAACAAUGUUUUUUUUUUUUUUUUUACCUUUUCAAAUAGAAAUUACAAUUUUGAACUGUGGUACAAUUCAAAUAUUUGACGGGUUUCUAGCUUGUGUAUGUUCAGGUAUUUAGUUACAUAAUUUCUUCUAUUAAUAUAAACUAUUAAAACAGAUGGUUUUUAAAAAUAACAGCUAUUGAUUUGUUUUCAACUAUCUCAAGAUUUAGAACAUGUUGAAUUUUGUUUAAAAAAAAAGAAGAAAGGUUAACUUCUAUUUUGUUCUAUUUAUAUCAGGGUCUACACUCUUCUGCCAUAUAAUCAUCUUCCUUAAUAUAAUAUUAGUUGAUGAGACUUAAAGGCAAAAGCCAUGCAUGAAUCGUUUAUGACGGGUAGUUAUUGAUAACGCAUUAGCAUCGCACAUCCCGAAAAGUCCACACUUUUGCAAAAACAUUCUAGAAAUAAAAAACAACAACACAUGUUUAUAAUUUAAACUAAAAGACCACAUGACGGGUCAACCUAGUUAAAAGCCUUGCAAGUACCUCACGGAACUGUGAUGUGUGAUCCAUUAGACAGUGAUGUGUGAUAAAUGGGACAGUGAUGUGUGAUCCAUGGGAGAAUGAUGUGAGAUCCAUGGGACAGUGAUGUGUGAUCCAUGGGACAGUGAUGUGUGAUCCAUGGGAAAAUGAUGUGAGAUCCAUUGGACAAUGAUGUGUGAUCCAUGGGACAGUGAUGUGUGAUCCAUGGACAGUGAUGUGUGAUCCAUGGGACAGUGAAGUGUGAUCCAUGGGAUGGUGAAGUGUGAUCCAUGGGACAGUGAUGUGUGAUCCAUGGGACAGUGAUGUGUGAUCCAUGGGACAGUGAUGUGUGAUCCAUGGAACAGUGAUGUGUGAUCCAUGGGACAGUAAUUGUGUGAUCCAUGGGACAGUGAUGUGAUAUCCAUGGGACAGUGAUGUGGGAUCCAUGGCACAGUGAUGUGUGAUCCAUGGGACAGUGAUGUGUGAUCCAUGGGAAAGAGAUGUGUGAUCCAUGGGAUUGAUCCAUGUGACACUGAUGUGUUAUCCAUGGGACAGUGAUGUGUGAUCCAUGGGACAGUGAUGUGUGAUCCAUGGGACAGUGAUGUGUGAUCCUUGGGAAAGAGAUGUGUGAUCCAUGGGACAGUGAUGUGUGAUCCAUGGGAAAAUGAUGUGAGAUCAAUGGGACAGUGAUGUGUGAUCCAUGGCACAGUGAUGUGUGAUCCAUGGGACAGUGAUGUGUGAUCCUUGGGACAGAGAUGUGUGAUCCAUGGGACAGUGAUGUGUGAUCCUUGAGACAGAGAUGUGUGAUCCAUGGGACAGUGAUGUGUGAUCCAUGGGACAGUGAUGUGUGAUCCAUGGAACUGUGAUGUGUGAUCCAUGGGACAGUAAUUGUGUGAUCCAUGGGAAAAUGAUGUGAGAUCCAUGGGACAGUGAUGUGUGAUCCAUGGCACAGUGAUGUGUGAUCCAUGGGACAGUGAUGUGUGAUCCUUGGGACAGAGAUGUGUGAUCCAUGAAACAGUGAUGUGUGAUCCAUGGGACAAUGAUGUGAGAUCCAUGGGAUAGUGAUGUGUGAUCCAUGGACAGUGAUGUGUUAUCCAUGGGACAGUGAUGUGUGAUCCUUGGGAAAGAGAUGUGUGAUUUAUGGGACAGUGAUGUGUGAUCCAUGGGUCAAUGAUGUGAGAUCCAUGGCACAGUGAUGUGUGAUACAUGGCACAGUGAUGUGUGAUCCAUGGGACAGUGAUGUGUGAUCCAUGGGACAGUGAUGUGUGAUCCAUGGGACAGUGAUGUGUGAUCCUUGAGACAGAGAUGUGUGAUCCAUGGGACAGUGAUGUGUGAUCCUUGGGACAGAGAUGUGUGAUCCAUGGGAUAGUGAAGUGUGAUCCAUGGGACAGUGAUGUGUGAUCCAUGGGACAGUGAUGUGUGAUCCAUGGGACAGUGAUGUGUGAUCCAUGGGACAAUGAUGUGAGAUCCAUGGGACAGUGAUGUGUGAUCCAUGGCACAGUGAUGUGUGAUCCAUGGGACAGUGAUGUGUGAUCCUUGUGAAAGAGAUGUGUGAUCCAUGGGACAGUGAUGUGUGAACCAUGGGACAGAGAUGUGUGAUCCAUGGGACAGUGAUGUGUGAUCCAUGGGACAGUGAAGUAUGAUCCAUGGGACAGUGAUGUGUGAUCCUUGGGACUGAGAUGUGUGAUCCAUGGGACAGUGAUGUGUGAUCCUUGAGACAGAGAUGUGUGAUCCAUGGGACAUGUGAUGUGUGAUCCAUGGGAAAAUGAUGUGAGAUCCAUGGGACAGUGAUGUGUGAUCCAUGGGACAGUGAUGUGGGAUCCAUGGGACAGUGAUGUGUGAUCCAUGGGACAGUGAUGUGUGAUCCAUGGGAAAGUGAUGUGUGAUCCAUGGGACAGUGAUGUGUGAUCCAUGGGAAUCACUACACACUAGGUACCCUGUCACUACACACUUCCAUGGGACAGUGAUGUGUGAUCCAUGGGACAGUGAUGUGUGAUCCAUGGGACAGUGAUGUGUGAUCCAUGGGACAGUGAUGUGUGAUCCUUAAGACAGAGAUGUGUGAUCAAUGAUGGAAUCCAGCUUUUUGGUUUGGUCAGGCUGCAGCAAAUACAAAUGGUAUACAUCUAAGAACAGUACCCAGCCAGACUAUCCAAUUCAUCUCUGAAGCUUUAAGAUCUGAAAAGUUCGGAAGACUGGAUACAAAAACAUACAAAUCUCAAAUCGUUGAAAAAAGUGGAUAACCACACCAUAGAAUCAAAAGAGAAAUCACUACUAAAUGUUGUCUCUAAAUGGAAGAGGAACAUAACAAACCAACGCUCAGGAAAGACUUUUAAAAAUAACUAAGAAUUAUUCCCCCAAAAACACAACUUUAAAAAUUCGUAUUUUAAUCCAGAUCUAAUCAAAAAGAAAGUAAAGAAGAGUACAUAUAUGGAUCAAAGCAGAAAAUUACAUUUCCUACCCAGAGGAUAAUACUCAAAGUAUACAUCGAUGGAUCAUCCCUCAUCGGAUCCUUACAUGCUGGCUAUAUUUUACAAUAAAGUACACAGGCCGAUGAUCUGAUUAAUUCUGGAACCCCUUUACCUCAAUCUGCAGUAACUAUGAAGCAAGAGUGACCACUAUUGAAGAAGUGUUACACCAGCUAUCUGCAAUCUUCACAGUUUUCCCUAACGGGAGCAAAAAAAUGUCCUUAUCUUCUCCGACUGCAAAUCAACAAUUCAGGCAGAUCAGCAUCAAGAUCUUAAAUCAACAAGAGUAAAAUCAAUACUUAUGAACAUCGAUAACUGUGAAGUCAAGUGCAACUGACAAAGGAUACCAGGUGACAACAAUAUACCAGGAGAUGAGAGAGCAGAUCAACUAGCAAAGCAGAUAGCAUUCAAUUAACAUCCAAAUGUACCUAUGCCACUCAACACUGAGAGGCUGAUUAUCAGAGCUAGCAGAAAAGGUAGAGUGGUUAAAUGGAAGAUAUGUGUUGACCCGUGUUACGCACUGGCUUCUAAUAUGAGAAAUUAAUCUCCUAUUUUAAUUUUAAUGGCUCGUUGUAAACAGUGCCUAACAAAGGACGAUACCAUAGAGUCAACAAUAUUAAACAUACGACACCCAAAACAGUUUCUAGUUACAAUUAAUAAGAUUUAUUUAGUCUUAAUAUAAUUACAAAAUAAAAUAAAAUAUAAUGACAAUCUUCAACUUACAGUAUGGUAGAUCUUGUACCGGUACACAGUUAAGACAGUUCGUAUAAUGUGCCAUAUGAAUAAUGAUUAAAUGCGAAAUAAACACAUAUAUAAGAACACAAAGAAUAAUACACGUAAAGUUAAUAAAACCUAUCUGAAUCUCCGUCCGUGCCUGUCAAUCCCUUAUAUAGGUUGCGUAAGCCCUGCCUUCCAGAAAAGACUUAUGACGUGUUGUUAACAUUUCUCGGGUUAUCGAGCACAUUCGAAAAAAUACCAGGAAGACAGUCUAAAAUGUUUAAUUGUUAAACACGGUUGUAAAUAAGAUACAUUAAACGAAUAGGCUACGCCCACAACAGACGUUACUGUCUGCUAGGAUUGUAAUUUAGGUCAAGUAAAGUUCACGCACGGAAAAGGUGUGCCACAUAACAACCCGUAUGACCAGACACGACUCCGAGGAUUCAAUACAUCGCCUCCGAGUCAGGACACACGAUACAAGUGUAUUUCUACCUGAACCGGAGAAAAAAAAAUCAGGUAUUAAAUGAGACGGUAGUGACACACACUACUGCUCCCCAGAACUUCAGGACUUACGCUAAAUAACAACCUACAAAAAAUGCAAGAUGAGACCAGCACCAUGUUUACUCAAACGUUGUAGCUUUGGAGGGUGUGCACCUUUUUAGCCAUGGUCACGGGCCGAAAGACACAUGCCUCAAUGGCCGUGUAUUUAGUUGACAAUGACUCACACAUAAAAGGUGCCAUACGCAAGCAGUCGUUUCUCCCGAUUCUCCCCUCUCUUUACUUCACACUAGUUUAGGUAAUUGCUAGAAAUAAAUAUCCUUAACAAAAUCAUUGGAAGGAUAACAAUUACAUUCUAAAUUAAAAAAAAACAACAUAUACAAAACUAGAUUAGAUUGUUUUAGAAAAUGUGGAUUCUAAAAACACUUGAAUAUAGAUUAUGUCAAGAUAAUCUAUAUUCAAAGUGUUUUUUUAAAAUAUACACAAUUUGAACAUAGAUUAUGUCCAGAUAAUUUAUAUUCAAAGUUUUUUUUCUUUUUUUGAAUAUAAACACUUUGAAUGUAGAUUAUGUCAAGAUAAUCUAUAUUCAAAGUGUUUAAAAAAAUAUAAACACUUUGAAUAUAGAUUAUGUCCAGAUAAUUUAUAUUCAAAGUGAUUUGUUUUGAAUAUUAAUAUUUUGAAUAUAGAUUCUGUCAAGAUAAUCUAUAUUCAAAGUGUUUUUUUUUAAUAUAAACACUUUGAAUAUAUAUUCUGUCAAGAUAAUUUAUAUUCAAAGUGUUUUUUUUAAUAUAAACAGUUUGAAUAUAGAUUAUGUCAAGAUAAUCUAUAUUCAAAGUGUUUGUUUAAAAUAUAAACACUUUGAAUAUAGAUUAUGUCAAGAUAAAAAAUCAAAUGAUUUUUUUUUUUUUUUUAAUGAGCUGCUUUAUAUUCACGUUUAUUUUUUCUGAAUUUGACUAAAAGGAUUUAUGCUUGAGGUUUUGGGUGAAAACGGUAAAAGUAGAUAAUCUAUAUUCAAAGUGUUUGUUUAAAAUAUAAACACUUUGAAUAUAGAUUAUGUCAAGAUAAAAAAUCAAAUGAUUUUUUUUUUUUUUUUAAUGAGCUGCUUUACAUUCACGUUUAUUUUUCAGGAACUAGACUAAAAGGAUUUAUGCUUGAGGCUUUGGGUGAAAACGGUAAAAGAGUGUUGAGGUAUCAGGACAAAGACAAGUCACCUGAGUUUAAGACGACAUACGAAGUGCUGAAUGCGGUUGGCUGGAAAAGACCAAUAAUCAAAGUCGAAAUUUCUCAAACUUACAUUAGUGACAUUGAUUCUGUUCCCAUUCUCACCGUCUGCGAAUUCGAAUCCUAUGGAGGUAGAUUGAUGUUUGCUUGAUGGUAGAAUGACGGUGGUAUUGGCAGGUUUAUGCAGAUUGAUAGGAGAUUUAUAAUGAAUGAUAGUUGGUUAAUGGCAGAUAUAUAAAGACUGUUGGUAGAUUGAUACCAGUAAUAUGAAAAUUGAUGAUAGAUUGACGCUUGAUUGGUAGCAUAUUGGUGGUGGUGUUGAUGGUAGAUUGGUGGUAGAUGGAUGUCAGAUUUAAGAACAAUUGUUUAGCAUUAACAUGGACCAUUGAUGACCGGCGGAUUGCAGAUUGGUCAUCAGAGUUAUGGCAGAUAUCAAGUGAAUUGUGUACAGUAUUGUUCUGCCUCUUCUCUGUUUUGCGGGGAAACGCUAGAGAGCCAUCCAUUUGUACACAACUUAAGCUAUUCUUUUAUUGCUUUUAAACCUUUGAAAGUGGAUUCAUAUCCUCAGAAAUGUGUUAUGUAUAUAGAUAUCUGGUUACAUUUUCGUUCAAAGUACAUGAUAGCAGCAUGUGAUAAGGAAACUUUGAACUAUAAAGAAUGAAUUAUAAUGCAAAGUUAUCAAUUAAAAUUAUACAUUAAAAUUGAUUAAUAAAAGGAAAUUUAUUUGUUGAAAGUUUUUGUUUUUUUUUUCAUUAAAAAAAGAAUUAUUCCGGUUCUAUUUUAAUAUAUUUCUUUAUUUUAUUGGAAAAUACUAAAUACACACACUUAACAAUAAUAACAAUAAUAUAUAUACAUGUUUACAUUUUUUAACAGACCGAGGCUAAAUUCGCAUCGGAACCAAUUAUGCUCUGUAUAUUUCACACAUAUAUUUCAACCCACAGAGUGUCCACCUAGGACGUGGAACCUUGAGUGUGAGAAAUGCGUGGGUUGUUAUAAUGACACGUGUGUAUGGG